AUGGCAAGAUUAGGUGGGUUUUUCGUGUGCCUCUUGAUCGUGGCAAUGGACAUCGUAGGUGGGAUUCUGGGCAUCGAAGCAGAGCUUGAACAAAACAAGGUCAAGCACUUGAGGCUAUGGAUUUUCGAGUGCAGAGAACCAAGCCAUGCAGCUUUCAAGCUAGGAUUAGCCGCAGCAGGACUUUUGGUUGCAGCCCAUGUUGUUGCUAACUUGCUUGGUGGAUGCAGUUGCAUUUGUUCUCAAGAAGAGCUCCAAAAGGCACCUCCUAGUAAGCAACUUUCUGUGGCUUGCCUCGUCUUCACCUGGAUCAUUUUUGGGGUUGGAUUGGCCAUGCUAGUGAUUGGGACUUGGUCAAACCACAAGUCAAGAGCUUCAUGUGGCUUCACACACCAUCAUUUUCUGUCAAUUGGAGGGAUCGUGUGUUUUGUUCAUGGCCUGUUUUGUGUAGCAUAUUACAUAUCUGCCACUGCAUCCACUUACUAA